CUCGGCGGCCGGGCGGCGUGCGGGAGAGGCUCAAAGCUCGACUCGUCAGCGCCCCCUCCCCGACUAAAGGUCACGACCUUCCCUCACAGAAGCCAGCCGUUAUCGCCCGUACCCGUAAAGGUCACGAGGCAGCAGCACCGCGUCACGCGGAGUGCCCCGAGCUCAGGCGUCCACCUGAGGCAUAGCUCUCAAAGCCCCCUCAGUCUGUGCGCCCCCCCGGCGCCCGCUGAGGGGGAGGCCCAGGCUAGCCCCCCCGCCCCCUGACACCUGUUGUAGGGCCCUCCCUGGCACCACCGCCCGUGCCGGGGGGCGCGGUUGCACCGUCUGGCUGGUGCAGCUCUUGGCUGGAGGCGUCAGUGACCAGGAGUCGACGCCCAGGGAAGUGACACUAAAGCCCAGCGUGUCAAGCAAUAAAUCAGGAUUUUGCCCUCAUGCAUGCCCGUUAUCAACACUAGGCCCUGGCUGGCACUCCAAAUAGUGCUGGCUGGAGCCCUCCUUUACCAGGGUAAUCGCCUGCCAGCGUCCAGUACCAUCCCCGCCCCGCGCCUACCUUAAAUUCUCAUCUCUUUUCUUCUUUUAACGUUGGCAUGGGGGGAGGGAUAGCUCAUUGAGCAUUGGCCUGCUAAACCCAGGGUUGUGAGUUCAAUCCUGGAGGGGACCCUUUAGGGAUCUGGGCCAAAAUUGGAGAUUGGCCCUGCUUUGAGCAGGGGGUUGGACUAGAUGAGGUCCCUUCCAACCCUGGUAUUCUAUGAUGCUGGUGUGCAUUUAAUACAAGGUUUUCACCAUUUCCAUGGAACACUUUUGAUAUGGGUUAGACACUCUUAGUGUUUUAGGAGUUUUAUGUAAUGUCUCAUUAGUCUCUUUGAAGGCCUUCCACAACUUUUAGAGACUGUUUCAUUCCCAUGCAAAUAGAAAUAGCCCCUUUUCAGGAAGCCUAUUAGAAAUACAUCAGUCUCAAAGCAUAAAUAUGAAAUAUUAAAAUUAAUAUUUAUAUACCAGGUGCAGUUCAUAUCAGGAAAGGUAGGCAUUAUCAGAUAGACUUAUUGUUCUUUGGGCACCCUCUCCUGUGUUUACUAUCUCAUUGGGUCUCUCAUUUUUAGUUCUAACUGGGAAAGGAGUUCUUUUGUGUGAUUCGCUUCAUUGCUGGGGGGGUUUGUCUUUUUGGCACAUUCUCUGAUAAAGAUUAGCUAUAUGUUGACAAGCAUAUUAAGUUAAAAAGAGAAAAUACUAUAAGUUGUUUCCUGUUUCCCCUAAUUUUUGACUACAUAUUCAUGAAAUAAUAGUCAUAGUUAAUAUUUAGCCUGGUAAGUUCUUUAUCCUUUGCAUUUAUUUUAUUGUGCUGUGCUGAGAUGUCUGUUCAUAGGCACCUUUACAUUUUAUUAAAUAAAAUAAGUGUUAUCAUCAUUAGGGAAAGAGUAUUUCCAAACCCUGACAUAAUUGUAACUGAUAUCAGCAACAGUAAAAUGCCUCCUCACUUCUGAGCAAAGGGGUGAACAUUUUCAUUCCUUGUGCCAAAUUUGUCCUUUCUUUUCUUCACAGCCAGUUUCUUCUCUAGGCGUAAUCUUCUACUUUUUUUCAGGCACUCGUUUUGAUUCUUUUACAUGGAAAUAUUGGUGACUUGGAAGCGUUUAGUACUUAAAAGUCAGGUUUCCUUAUUACUUACUUUCCUUCGUGCUGUGUUUUGGCAAGAAAUGGGUUAACAAGAAGAGCGUGUACUUCAGGAGGCGGUGUAGGACUGUUCCAUUUAUCCUGGAGGGAGGACAGAGUACUAAAAAGCAGAAAUUAUCUGUAUUGUACUAUUUUAAAGCAAAAUGCUAAGUUACCAAAUGCAUCUGUCCGAGCACGACAAAAAAGAGGAAGGUCUGAAGGCAUGUGAAAUAGCAACAGCCAGCCUGCAAAGCCCGUGACAUCAGCAUGCUUCCUGCGGCCAAUAAAAGGCCUCUCCAGGAUGGAAGCAGCUUCCUUCUGCCUGCUUGCCCGCCCCAUAGACUCUUUGCUUUGUGGACUCUGGAAGCUUCAGUGUAGCGGUGGGGUCCAGUGAAAAUCAGAAGUACACCUUAAAGCUGUUAAAACAUGGCCUCAAAAAGAGCCUUAGUGAUUCUGGCUAAAGGAGCAGAGGAGAUGGAAACUGUUAUCCCCGCUGAUGUUAUGAGAAGGGCUGGAAUCAAGGUGACUAUUGCAGGUUUAACAGGAAAAGAUCCAGUGCAGUGCAGCCGAGAUGUCUUCAUUUGUCCUGAUGCCAGUCUAGAAGAUGCCAGAAAAGAGGGGCCGUAUGAUGUGGUGGUCCUGCCAGGUGGUAACCUAGGAGCUCAAAAUUUGUCAGAGUCUCCUGCUGUGAAAGACAUUUUAGUGGACCAGGAGAACAGAAAAGGCCUAAUUGCUGCUAUUUGUGCAGGUCCCACUGCCCUGCUGGCACAUGGGAUAGGGUUUGGGAGGAAAGUUACAACACACCCUUUGGCCAAAGAUAAAAUGAUGAAUGGAGAACACUACAAGUACUCCGAAAACCGUGUGGAAAAGGACGGGAACUUUCUCACCAGCCGUGGUCCUGGCACCAGCUUUGAGUUUGGCCUGGCUAUUGUUGAAAUACUGAUGGGGAAGGAGGUGGCUGAUCAAGUGAAGGCUCCUCUUAUAUUGAAAGAUUAGUACAGAAAUCUUGAUGAAGGGGAGGAGAGGGAGAAGAACACAAACUCAGAUGGAAAGUUUCUUGUGUCUCUUCUUAAGAAUAAUCAAAAAGCUAUCUUCUCCAUAAAAUCUAAUUGUGGGUGAACUCCUUUAGCACAACAUUGAUGUAACUAGCAGUAACGCUUAUAUUAGGAACUGGAAUAAUUCACAAGCUAAUGGUUUUUGUUCUUAAAGAAAUUGACUUAAAUGGAUCUGGUAGCUAAUGAAACUUCUGCACUAGAAAGAUCUGUGAAUGUAAACAAUAGUAUUAUGUUUAAUAGUUUUUGUUCAUGUGAUUCUGAAGCUUGUCUGCUUGCUUAAAUAAAAAGGAAAGGAAAUCGGUUUAAAA